AUGGGUUUGAUUGUGUGGCUGUGGGUGGUCGGCUUCCUUGCUGAGAUUGUCAGGGUGUGUGGUGCAGGUCUGUCCUGUGGUCUGUGGGGCAGAUCGGUUUCAGAAAGUCUGUACAAAGAGGGAGAUGUGAUCAUUGGUGGUCUGUUUCCUGUUCAUGUUGAAGCACCACAACCUGACCUUGAUUUUACUCAAUCACAGCAUGGAGCUCACUGCCAGAGUGUUGACCUUCGUUCAUACCGCUGGCUAAAAACAAUGAUCUUCACAGUAGAGGAGAUUAAUCGUGAUCCUGUCCUGCUUCCAAAUGUUACUCUGGGGUAUCUGAUAGCUGACACUUGUCUUGCCGAGGGUACGACCCUGAGUGCAGCUUUAGCUCUGGUAACCGGGCAGGAGGAGACGGUGUCAGGAGCGGAGUGCAACGGAGCCCCAAUGGUGCCUGUCAUUAUCGGAGACGCCCGUUCUUCUGCCUCAAUAGUGGUGGCUGACACACUGGGAGUGUUUGAUAUACCCAUGGUAAGUUACUUUGCAUCCUGUGCUUGUCUCAGUGACAGUCGCAGAUUUCACACUUUCAUGCGCACCGUUCCUAGCGAUGCCUUUCAGGCCAAAGCCAUGGCCCGUCUGCUGCAUCUGUUGGACUGGACCUGGGUCGGUGUGGUUGCAGGAGAUGAUGACUAUGGUAAAAGUGGCGUUCAGCUGCUCUUGAAAGAACUGGAGGGUAAAGGAAUCUGUGUGGACUACCUGGAGUUCAUUCCUAAAUCACUCUCACAGACCAGAAUCAGGCGGAUUGUGGAGAAAAUCCAGACUUCCACAGCUCGUGUGGUGGUAACGUUUGCCAUCGGACCAGACAUUGAAAUUCUGUUCAAAGAAGUGAAGGUGCAGAAUGUGACCGACAGACAGUGGAUAGCCACAGAGGCCUGGAGCACUUCAAUACAGUUCUUUGACCUGGCCACCAUUCCUCUUCUUGCUGGUACCAUUGGCUUUGCCCUUCGCAGGGCUGAUAUUCAAGGUCUUGGUACUUUUCUUGCCCAGCUCAAUCCUUUGAAGCAGCCAAAUGAACCUUUUGUGAAAGAUGUGUGGGAAGACAUUUUUGGCUGCUCGCUGGCCCAAGACUGGCAGCCUUCAUUUGAUAAACCAAGAUGCACGGGCACAGAGAAUGUAGAGGAACAUGGACGCAUCUACACAGAUGUUUCACAGCUGAGAGUCACUUACAAUGUGUAUAAAGCUGUGUAUGCUAUUGCUAAUGCUAUUCAUAACAUGAUGGCCUGUCAGCCUGGUAAAGGGCCGUUUGAACAUGGACAAUGUCCUGAUGUGCACCGAAUAAAUCCAAGACAGCUUCUUCACUAUUUAAAUGCUGUAAACUUCACAACACCUGUGGGUGAGCGGGUCUACUUUGAAGAUAAUGGAGAGCCAUCUGCCUCUUAUGACAUUAUAAACUGGCAUGUAGAUGAAAGCGGAGCAGUGAAUUUUGUCCAGGUGGGGCAAUUUGAUGCAGCCAAAGGACCAGGACAGGAACUGAACAUAAACCUUGAGCGGGUAGUUUGGGGUGGAGGCCGGGCAGACCAGGUGCCUGUGUCUGUGUGCAGUAUGAGCUGUCUCCCAGGCACAAGGAAGGCUGUACAAAAAGGAAAACCUGUCUGCUGUUUCGACUGCCUUCCUUGUGCAGCAGGGGAAAUCAGUAAUGUCACAGACUCAGCAGAGUGUAUUAGGUGUCCAGAGCGGUUUUGGUCAAACACUGAGAGGACAAUGUGCAUCCCAAAGGUUGUGGAGUUUCUGUCCUUGCAAGAUACCAUGGGAAUUGUCCUGACCGUCUUAUCUGUAACUGGAGCAACACUGACCACCACUGUUUUGGGUGCCUUCUUCCGUCAUCGUGACACACCCCUGGUGCGGGCAAACAACUCCGAGCUGAGCUUUCUUCUGUUGGUAUCUCUCACGCUGUGCUUCCUCUGUGCACUUGUUUUUAUCGGUCGACCUGCGCCGUGGAACUGCAUGCUACGUCACACACUGUUUGGAGUGAGCUUUGUGAUUUGCAUCGCCUGCGUCCUCAGUAAAACUGUGGUGGUGCUUGUGGCUUUUCGGGCCACUCUGCCAGGAUCUAACUUGAUGCAGUACUUCGGUCCUGUCCAGCAGAGGGCAGGCAUCUUUUUUUGCACAUUGGUUCAAUUUGUCAUAUGUUUGUUGUGGCUGCUGUUGGCUCCUCCUCUGCCCACAGAAAGUGCAGGAGGAGAGCUUGGUGCUCGGGUGAUCCUGCAAUGCACAGUAGGAUCAGUGGUGGGAUUUGUACUGGUGCUGGGUUACAUCGGCCUGCUCGCUGUUGUUUGCUUUCUGCUGGCUUUUCUUGCUCGUAAGCUUCCGGACAAUUUCAAUGAGGCUAAAUUCAUUACUUUCAGCAUGUUGAUCUUCUGUGCUGUGUGGAUUGCAUUUGUGCCAGCAUAUGUAAGCUCACCGGGCAAGUACACAGUGGCUGUGGAGAUUUUCGCCAUUUUGGCCUCCAGUUACGGCCUGCUGCUGUGUAUCUUCACCCCGAAGUGUUACAUCAUUCUGCUUAGACCUGAGAAAAAUACAAAAAAGAACAUGAUGUCGAGAUAAGAGUAAAAUAAUGGUUUCAUGGGGUUCUUGUAAAUUGGUUGGGAUUGUAUUUGUUUUGGAAAUGCAUUCGUUUUCUUUUAAAGAUAAGCAAAGGGAUAUGAUAAUGGAUUUCCUGUAAAUUUG